AUGAAGUUCCUGGAAUCUGGCCGCCGCUGUCUCAAGCUUCAUAAGCCCGGGUGAAAAAAGUCACCGAAGACACGAGGGUGCAAGUCAGCUGUGUAACCGCUGGGGUCAUCAUAUUAGCUCGACUUGGACUCGAAGAGGCGAUAACCCACUCCAUCACCCCACGUCUAUUUUUUGGGUUGACACCAAGUCGCAUCAUCCAUUGAUAGCGAUCCGCGAUAACAACCACGAGAUAACUCAAGAUUUAUCCAAUGGCUGACACGACAACCACCAAGAUCAACGGGCAUACGCCCGAGUGGACGCCUGACUCGUGGCGGUCCAAGCCGAUGAAGCAGUGCCCCGACUACCCAGACAAGGCCGCCCUCGCCAAGUCAGUCGCAUCACUCAACAGACUGCCACCCAUUGUCCAUCCGCGCGAGAUCAACCAGCUCAAGCAACACCUGCGAGAUGUUGCCCAGGGUAAGGCCUUUUUGUUGCAGGGUGGUGACUGCGCCGAGCUGUUCGACUACUGCGAGCAGAACGCGAUCGAGUCCAAGAUCAAGCUGCUCCUACAGAUGAGUCUGGUGCUCGUCUGGGGCGCCAACAAGCGCGUCGUGCGCAUCGGUCGCAUGGCCGGACAGUAUGCGAAGCCGCGUUCCAGCCCCAUGGAGACGGUCGAUGGCCGCCAGGUACCGUCGUUCCGGGGUGACAUCCUGAAUGGCUUCCAUGUCGACGAGCGGGAGCUCGAUCCCGACAGGCUGGUCAAGGCCUACCACCACUCCUCAGCCACCCUCAACUACAUCAGGGCUGCCAUCGCGUCUGGCAUCGCCGAUCUGAGCAAACCCCUCGACUGGAGCCUCACCCAUGUGCACGACCCAGAGCUCAAGGCCAAGUACGAGAACGCGGUAGAGUUCCUCAAGGACAUGCGGAGCUUCAUGCACACCAUCGGCGCCGAGAACGAGAAGUUCCACACGGUCGACCUGUUCACCAGCCACGAGGGCCUGCUCCUCGAGUACGAGCAGCCGCUGACCCGGCUGCUGGAGGAUCCUACCUCGUCCCGCACAAAGCCCAAGCAGGCGUACUACGACACAUCGGCGCACUUCCUCUGGAUCGGCGACCGCACGCGGCAGCUCGACCACGCGCACGUCGAGUUCUUCCGGGGCAUCGCCAACCCGUUGGGGGUCAAGGUCGGCCCCACGACGCCGGCGUCGGACCUGCUCGAGCUGCUGCGGGCGCUCAACCCGGCGCGGGAGCCCGGAAAGAUCACGCUCAUCACGCGGUACGGGGCGGACAAGGUGUCGGCGCUGCUGCCGGCGCACAUCCGGGCGGUGGAGGACAGCGAGUACGCGCGCACGGUGGUGUGGCAGUGCGACCCGAUGCACGGCAACACGCAGGCGGUCAGCCGCGGCAUCAAGACGCGCCGCUUCACCGACAUCUUCAGCGAGCUGCAGGAGACGCUGCGCAUCCAUAAGGAGCAGGGCAGCUACCUCGGCGGCGUCCACCUCGAGCUGACGGGCGACCCCGUCACCGAGUGCCUCGGCGGCAGCGAGGGCCUCGGCGAGGACGACCUGUCCACCAACUACACCAGCUUCUGCGACCCGCGCCUCAACGAGAAGCAGGCCCUCGAGCUGGCCUUCUUGAUCGCCGACCACUACCGCACCGAGCGGAACGGCAGCGGGAAGUCGUCGCCAGUUAUCGGCUGAGCCGUGGCUUUUGGCAGUUGAGGAAUGAUUUGGGAGUCAGGGCAAAAAAGGAUAUGACGAUGCGAGAUGGUUGGUGCUUAGGAUAUACGACAGGAUUUCUUCUUCGUUCGUUAAUUAGAGGGGGAUAAAAACCAGCUCACACGCGUAUAUGCGUGCCCAU